AUGAGCAAAUUAGAAACGUUACCAGAUGAAAUCCUACAGGAGAUUUUUCAAUACAUUAAUGCUGCCGAUUUAUUUUAUUCAUUUGAUCAACUAAAUCAUCAUUUUACUCGUCUUGUUCGAGAUGUUCCAUUACACAUCGACUUCUCUCGAGUGACAAAAUCGAUCUACGAACAGUUUUGUCAACUGAUCUUGUCAAAUUCACAAAUCAAAAGAAAUGUUGUCUCUCUAAGAUUAUCAAAUGGUGAAACUUUUUCAAACAUAAAAGAUUUUCUUCUAGCAAAUCCAUUGGACAGUUUCAUUAGUCUUCGAUCAUUAUCAUUACUUGCUAUUGAUGACACUGAUGUGAAAAUCAUAUCGUUUAUAUUACCAUCAUUAUCAAGCUUAUCUCACUUUUCUUUUACUCACAACGAACAGUUUGGUUAUAAUUGUUUCAUCAGUAGAUACGGUCUCGCAAAUCCUCAAGCAAUGAAUUUCACAUGGAUUUUUCCACUAACAAAUUUACGACGAUUAUCAACACCUUAUUUUUAUCAUACUUUAACAUGUGUGGAACGCACGGUCAACUUAACAUCAGUAACAAUAUCCAAAUGUGAUGUAGAUCAGGUAUUGCAAUUGUUUGCCUAUGCACCGUUAUUGAAACAAUUGCAAAUUGACCGAGAGUUAAAAUCUGAGAAGAAAAUCGAGGAAUUCACAACUACUGCUGUGAAUGCUGUCCAUUUGACAAAAUGUAUUAUUUAUUCAUGUGAAAGUAGCUUUAAAGAACUUGAGUUUCUGCUGAAAUACACACCAAAUCUCCGGAUAUUGUCUUUAAAGAAUGGUGAUAAUAUCGAUAUGAUCAAUGCAAUCCGCUGGCAAGAAUUAAUCGAAUUCUCAUUGAAAUAUUUAUCCAGCUUUCAGUUCGUGUUUUCCUUGGAUGGUGGCAUUGAUGAUCUACAGGCAAUGUUAGACAUCUUCAGCAAAUUUCAAGGCGAUUUCUGGCACAAGCAACAUCGCUGGUAUACCAAUUGGCAAAUCGAGGAAUAUUCAGCGUCAAUCUACACUAUUCCCUAUCCAGGAAAUGAUUUUUAUUUGCAUUCACCAAUAGACUUACUAAACUCUGUGUUAUCCAAUGAUACACAUAUAUUCGAUAAUGUCAAGACAUUGUCUGUCGAAGUCGAUCAAAAUCCAAGAAAUCUGCCGUAUUACUUUCGAAACGUUCGAUCAUUGGAACUAAACAUAUGCCCAGAGAACAAUCAACCAGGAUUAACGUAUGGAACUUUUCUUUCUUCAAUCGUUAACGUAUUGAAUGUUACGCACUUGGCAAUUGAUCGUCAUUGUAAGGUAUCACAAUCAGGCUUGAUUGAUGUAUUGAAAAUUUUGCCUCAUGUCUCAUCAUUACGAAUCGUGCGAAAUACUUUUGAAAAUAUUCACACCAACGCUGAAUUAUGCAAGCUUCUGAAAGGAUUGUGUAUAAAGAAAUUAGAUGUUUAUGUGAGUGAUUAUAGACAAUCGUAUGCUCCUGAGAAAAUCAACAUUAAAACUUGUCAACAGUUUCCAAAUCUUGAAGAAUUGAACUGUGAAUGUGUGAUCAAAAUCGAAGAUUUGUUAUCAUUGUUACGGGCAUAUCCGAAACUAUCUUACUUAAAGAUCCGACAUAUCGGGAAGAGUAUCGUUUCCUGGAUGGUAGGUGAGAUAUUGGACAUACAUAUUGAUUUUGAAGCAAUCAUCUAUUGA